AUGGCGCCGUCCCCUCCCCCCUACAUCUGCUUCAAUUGCAGAUUGGCGCCCCGGAAUGUCCUGCCCCGACUUCUCCCACGGAAUUUCUCAACAAGUCGCCGGGCACACCAGCUCCUCCGUCCCGCAACAGCUCCCAAGCCCACGCCGGAUGUGAAGCACAUCCGCCAGAAUGUCGAUCUCUUCUCACAAAACUGCAUCGACCGGAACUACGCUGGUCACGCCACCUUCCCUGCCCAGAUACAGGCCCUAUCCGAAGAAGCCAGAAAGUUGGACCAUGAUCUGAAGGAACCACGCUCGCGCAUCAAGCAACUAGAGAAAACAAUCGCCAAGCUGUCCAUUGCAGCUCGACAGAAUGCCAGCGCCGACGGUAAAAGUGUCGACAGUACCCAGCCCCCAGACCAGGAACUGGUGGACCUGAAAGCCGAAGCGCAGCGGCUAAAAGAUGCCUCCCACGCCAUGACAACGCGCAAAACGACCUGCGAUGACGAGAUCCACCGCCUUGCCCUGUCCCUCCCGAACCUCUCAUCCCCCGACACUCCUAUCGGCGACACGCCCCGCCUCGUCAGCUACCUGAACUUCGAUCCGCAGGCCCCCCGUCCUGGACCCGCCUCGCGCCCGCCCAGCUCCAGGCCCGUUCCCACGUCGCCAUCGGCACCGAGCUCGGCCUUCUCGACUUCACCAGCUCAGCCACGACCACCGGCUGGGGCUGGUAUUUCCUGGUGA